AUGUCGUUGAACUCUACCCUCAAUCUCGGUGGGAAUACCACCGCAGCAGAACAAAAAAAUGGCCAAAGCGCUGGUCAAUUCGCGGCCUCCUUCGUCACUGCCAUAGCAGUGUUCGGGAUCCAGAUCGGAUUGUUUCUGCUCAUCAAGGACCGCUUCGCUAGAAUAUACCAACCGCGGACAUACCUUGUCCCAGAAAGAGAAAGAACUAAUCCAUCACCUCCAGGCUGGUGGAAGUGGAUAAAGCCCGUGACGAGCACAUCCAACUCUGAAUUCGUCCAGAAGUGUGGCCUGGACGCCUACUUCUUCCUCAGAUAUCUGCGGACGUUGCUCAAGAUAUUUGUCCCCGCCGCCUUGGUCAUCUUGCCAAUUCUCAUCCCUCUCAAUCUGAUCGACGGUCGUGGGGCCCGAUUUGCACUCGGCAAAAACGAGAACGCAAGUAAUGUCACGGGCCUAGACCAGCUUGCCUGGGGAAACGUCGCUCCUGAUCACACAGGACGAUACUGGGCUCACUGGCUGCUGGCUUUGGCGCUGAUUGUCUGGAUAUGUUAUGUAUCUUUCGACGAACUCCGCAACUACAUCCGGAUGCGACAGGCUUACCUGACGUCUCCCCAACAUCGUCUGCGUGCCUCUGCUACCACUGUCCUGGUGAGCUCGAUCCCUCAGAAGUGGUGCAAUGUCGAGGCUCUCGAUGGCCUCUACGACGUUUUCCCCGGCGGGCUUAGAAACAUUUGGAUCAACAGGAACUUCGAUGAGCUCAGUGACAAGAUCAAACGGCGCGAUAAGCUCGCCCAAACCCUCGAAGCAGCCGAGACCGAGCUCAUCAAGAAAUGCUUCAAAAAGCACGAGGAGAACGUGGCCAAAGCAGAGAAGGAGGCUGGCAAAAAGAUCACCAAAGAGGAAAAGAAGCUGCGAGCAACCAUUAGAAAUGAAGCCGGUGAUCGAGCAGCUCAUGGUCACGGCACCACAACUGGAAAUCCUCAUCAGGUCGAGCAUAAUCUUCACGAUGUCAUUCAUGGCCAUGAAACUGGUUCUCUCUCGGAGUCGAGCGAUGAUGAGGAAGAAAUUCCCGAACCUCAACGUGACAGAUUCAAUAUCCCCAUAAUUGGCGGGGGUAUAUCUGCGGUCACUCGAGGCUUGGACAAGGUUGGCAAAGGGAUCAUGGGAGGUAUCCAUGGAGUCAACAAAGGAGUCAACGGCACCCUCGACACCACCAAUGGCUUCGUGGCGACUGAUGCUGACCGAAAGGAAAUGGGCCGAAGCUCUCACGACGACGACGAUGAUGAAGGAGCUAGUCCAGCGACACCCAAGAACCACAAGAAAUUUGGACAGCCGCGAGCAACAGGUGCUAGAGAUGCCUCUGCAAAGAAUGAGAGCUCAGUUGGUGACCGUGGAAGGUCAAUGGAGAAGUCGCCCUAUGAACGACCACAAAGCCCAAUCUCUCAAGGUAGUACAAUGGGGGGUGAAAAGGCUCGACCGGAGAAGCAACUGUCUAGAUUUGGCAAGUUGAAAAGGGCCAUCGGUCUGGGCUCGGACGAAAAAGAACCUGUCGACUACCCGUCUGCAUUCGAAUGGAACUUUGAGCACGACCCUGACGAUGCAGUGUGGCGGCGUUAUUUGAGUGAGAAAGAUCGUGACACCAUGAGACUACCAAUAUUCGGCUGGCAAUGGAUGCCAUCGCUGCCUCUGUUGGGCGAAAAAGUUGACACAAUUCGAUACUGCCGGAAGGAGGUCGCUCGGCUCAAUGUCGAGAUAGAGGAUGAUCAAGCUCAUCCUGAACGGUUUCCUCUGAUGAAUUCCGCCUUCGUCCAGUUCAAUCACCAGGUGGCGGCACACAUGGCGUGUCAAGCGGUCAGUCACCAUCUACCCAAGCAGAUGGCUCCACGCUUGGUCGAGAUCGAUCCCAACGAUGUUAUUUGGGACAACAUGUCCAUUCCAUGGUGGUCAGCAUAUAUCAGGACAGGUGGGGUCGUCGCCAUUGUGGUUGGUAUGAUCAUCCUCUGGGCCAUCCCCAUCGCCUUUACGUCGGCUCUUUCACAGCUCGAUACUGCUGCCAAGACGUGGACCUGGCUGCAUUGGGUUCUCAAAAUCCCAGCCUGGAUCCGGAGUGUCCUUCAGGGUGUGUUGCCAGCGACUUUACUUGGUCUCCUGCUGUUCCUGCUCCCUCUAAUCCUCCGUUUCUUGGUACGAUGUCAAGGCACACCGUCUGGGAUGCUGGUGGAGCUCUCGGUGCAACGCUACUACUUUUGCUUCCUCUUUGUCCAGCUGUUCUUGGUCGUCUCGAUUGCUUCAGCCUUGACCCAGUUCUUUGCGCUGUUCACAAGCGUAGACGGCUGGACCAACGUCCCCAGUCUUCUCGGCACCAACAUCCCCAAGGCCAGCAACUAUUUCUUCUCAUAUAUGCUCCUGCAAGCCUUGUCGGUGAGCGCUGGAGCACUGCUCCAGGUUGGGUCACUCAUUGGAUGGUUCAUCCUUGCUCCUCUAUUUGACAAUACAGCCCGGGCCAAAUUCACACGACAGACCCAGUUGCAAAACAUUCAAUGGGGAACAUUCUUCCCCGUGUACACGAAUCUGGCUUGCAUCGGCUUGAUCUAUUCCGUUAUCUCGCCUCUGAUCCUUCUUUUCAACAUCGUCACAUUUGCGCUAUUUUGGUUUGUCUAUCGGUACAAUACUCUGUAUGUCAACCGCUUUACUCGCGACACCGGAGGCCUCUUGUAUCCCAACGCCAUCAACUUCACCUUCGUGGGUGUCUAUGUAAUGGAGGUUGCUCUGAUAGGCAUGUUCUUCUUGGUCAGAGAUCAACACGGGAAUGUCUCGUGUACGGGCCAAGCAAUCGGGAUGAUUAUCAUUCUCAUCCUCACCGCCGGCUAUCAAUUGCUGCUGAACAAUGCUUUCAGUCCGUUGUUCCGAUAUCUUCCAAUCACUCUCGAAGACGACGCGGUCCGGCGAGACGAGGAGUUUGCCCGAGCAAUGCAAAGGAAACACGGACUCAUUGAGGACGAGAAUGAAAACGAGGCUCUUGAAGACCAGCUGGAGCGUAACGAGCGACAGUCCAUGGAAGAAGACCGCCAACAACAAGAAAUCGAACUACAAGAUAUUGAGAGGGACAGACAGGACAGGCUCGGGGGGCAAAAGUCUCAAAAGUUACCCGAUCUUGAACCAUACGAGUUUCAGAACCCAGAGGUUGCCAUGAAUUUGGACCAAGAAAGCAGGGGCGUUCGAAUGAUGAAGGCAGCAGCCCAGAAGACGGCCGAUCGGACCAAAGGCCUUGUGCCACGGACCAUUUCUCAAAAGGGCUACCGCAAGUCCUGGGCCGACAGGGACAACACCAGGAACCGACGAGCAUCCAACUUUGGCGAAUGGGAGAGUCCCUCACAAAGUAGAAACCUGACACCAGGGGCGUCAAAGCAUCAGAAACACCAUCUGCAACAGCCCAAGGAUGUCUUUGACAAGCUCAACAACUUCAACCCGGUAACGGGUAACGAAAAAGAUGUGGAAGCACAACGCGCGGCUCGGAACCAACUUGCGGACGCUCUCUUUGGCGGAGUCAAUGACGAAUUGGAGGACCUGACACCGGAGGAGCGCGAUAAGCUCGUGCAGAGGGCAUUCCAACACAGUGCGCUCCGAGCCCGAAGGCCGGUCAUUUGGAUCCCUCGGGACGAACUCGGCGUUAGUGACGACGAGGUGCACCGGAUGGGCCGCUUCAGCAGUCAUCUCUGGGUCAGCAAUGUCCGGCAGGGCCUCGAUUCCAAAGGCCGCUGUGUUUACAGUGGUGCUCCACCCGAUUUCAGCGAAGUGGAUGUGAUACAGCUCUAA